AUGACGACACCACGGGUGAAUGACGCGGAUAUCGCGCUUAAUGACGCGCCUAUAGCCAAACGUCAGCGUCUGUCCGAUGCUGUAUCAUCUUCUCAUGCAAUUGGCCGUGUGCUGGAUGUGGAAUUGGUGGUACGAGGGCUUCUAGCGAUGUUGGAUUUGGCCUCUUUAGCAAGUUUUCUGGAAGUUUUAGCAGUGGAUGAGACGUGGCGAGAAGUUUUGACGCAUGAGACACUUUGGAAGGAGCUGGUGGUAAUACAUUUUGCGGGGAAUUUGCCAUCUGAUGAGCAGUUUAAUGAUGAGAAUGAGAACGAAGAAGAAGAUGGCGAUUAUGGAGAUUAUGGAGAAGGAGAAGAAGAAGAAGAAAUUAAUGACAAUGAACCGGAUCUUUUGGAGCUGCUGGAGGGUGACAUGGACGUAGAAGACGAUGCUUCUUUAUUGGAGGAAAAUCUGGAGAACGAAGACGAUGAGGUAGACGAAGCGAUUGUCUCUUCUUCUUCUUCUUCUUCUCCUUCUCGUUCUAGAACUGGGCACAGUGAUACUGUUGUAUCGGGUCAAGUACAGCAAAUGACCAUAGGAACGGAUGAGGAGACGGUGCAGGGGACAUCGACGACGUGGCUUGCGGAUGCGCCAAGUCAGAAAUUGCUGAAUGCAGCUUGCCCCGAUCUUAAAGAGUUUUUGCGGUCGUUAGAGCAGUUGAUCCAGUUUGAUGCAUGUGUGCAAAUAAUAAGAGGAGAUAUCGGUGAUAUUAAGAUGGUGGGGAAACAACCACUGGAUGCAUUGGCUUUUCCGACAGCGACUUUUAUGAGGAAUCCUCAUUCUGGUGUGGCAUCAGUGAUAUUUCGGCGAGCAGGAGAAGGUCUGAGUGAGCAUGUUCGGACGCUCGAUGUCCGACUGGAAGUUGGACAAGUGCAUGUCACACCGGGCUUUGAUGCAGGUGUUGCCAAGCUUAUUCACUGUGUCGGUCCGAGCGGAUUCAAUCCACACUGUUUGAGAGAUUUGCAACUGACGUACAGAAGUGUAUUACGCUGCAUCCAGACAGAAAAUUUGAGCUGUGUGGCCAUGGCGUCCAUUUCGACGGGGAACAAUGGCAUGCCGGUUGAUAAAGCCGCGUGGUUUGCACUGUGUGCCAUUCAGCGCUACAUGCGUUCCGCAGACUGGAAGGCGACAAUUGCCAUUGUAUGCUUCGAAGCGGACGUGUAUGCCGCGUUUGCUCAAAGCAAAGGCAAGUUAUUGACUCAAUUUAACGCGGAAAACGUGCGGGCUACUCCUCCGCUUCGGAACUGGUAA